AACGUCAUUCGGCCACAGCAAUGAAACAUCUCGUCCUGUUCUUUUUUCACCAAACGUCUCGUCCUGUUCGUCUUCUCCAAUGUGCCCUACGAACGGAAAGCUGCACCUGGAUAAUGGCAGAACCGCCUACCAUUUCCAGCCUGCCAAGUUCUGGCAGAAUGAUCCAAAUGGGCCUCUGUACCACAACGGCUUGUACCACUUCUUCUUCCAGUACAACCCGCACGGCCCGCUCUGGGACACCGGCAAGCUCUCCUGGGGCCACUCCGUCUCCGGCGACCUCGUGAACUGGGCCUUCCUCGGCACGGCGCUCGACCCCACCGACCCGUUCGACGUCAACGGAUGCUGGUCGGGCUCCGCCACCGUCCUCCCCGGCGGCCGCCCCGCCUUCCUCUACACCGGCAGGGACGCCGACGGCGUUCAGGUGCAGAACGUGGCCUUCGCCAAGAACCCGCUCGACCCGCUCCUCCGCGAGUGGGAGAAGCCUAGCUGCAACCCGGUCGUCGCUAUCCCCGCCGACGUCACCAACAACAACUUCCGCGACCCCACGACGGCGUGGCUCGGCCGGGACGGCCUGUGGAGGAUGGCCGUCGCCGCCGAGGUCGGCGGCGCGGGCUCCGCUCUGGUCUACCGGAGCGCCGACUUCCUCCGCUGGGAGCGGAACGCCGCGCCGAUGCACUCGUCGGCGGCCGUCCCCGUCCUGGAGUGCCCGGACUUCUUUCCGGUGGUGGAGCACGGCUCCGAGGGUCUCGACGCGUCGGCGAACGGCGCCGGGGUGAAGCACGUGCUCAAGCUCAGCGAGUUCGACACGCAUCAGGACUUCUACAUGGUGGGGCGGUACGCCGACGAGGAGGACACCUUCUCGCCGGAGGAGAGCGAGCGCGGGGACAACUGCCGGAGCUGGCGCUGCAUCGACUACGGGCAGGCGUACGCCGCCAAGUCGUUCUUCGACGCGCGCCGGCAGCGGCGGGUGCAGUGGCUGUGGGUCAACGAGUACGACACCAAGGUCGACGACGUCGCCAAGGGCUGGGCCGGCGUUCAGGCGUUCCCGAGGAAGGUGUGGCUGGACAGCGACGGGAAGCAGCUGCUGCAGUGGCCCGUCGACGAGAUCGAGACGCUGAGGACGAAGCGUGUCGGGCUACAGGGCACGGAGGUGAAGGCCGGUGGCCUGCACGAGAUCGCCGGCAUCGCGACCUCCCAGGCCGACGUCGAGGUCGUUUUCGAGAUCCCAAACCUCAAGGAGGAGGCCGAGAGCUUCGACCCGGAGUGGCUGGAUCCCCACAAGCUAUGCAAGGAGAAGGGCGCCGCCUUCGCGCACGGCGGCGUCGGCCCGUUCGGGCUCAUCAUCAUGGCCUCCGGCGACCUGCAGGAGCAAACCGCCGUCUUCUUCAGAGUGUUCAGGCACCAUGGAAAGUACAAAGUUUUCAUGUGCACGGACCUCUCAAGGUCAUCUACGAGAGAAGAUGUGUACAAAGACGCUUACGGAGGAUUCGUGGAUGUCGACAUAGAGAAGGACAAGAGCAUAUCACUCAGAACACUGAUUGAUCACUCGAUGAUUGAGAGCUUCGGCGGCAAUGGACGAGCGUGCAUCACGACACGGGUGUACCCUGAACACGUAGCAACAAGCAGCAGUCACCUGUAUGUGUUCAACAAUGGAUCGGGCACUGUGAAUGUGUCCAAACUCGAGGCCUGGGAGUUGGCCACGGCGAACGUGAAUGUUGCAGAUGCUGACUUGGCUGCAUUGGACGCAAUACGCGUAGCUGAUGGAACCUGUCAGGAUGCAGUUGCUGUGUAGUAUGAUCAAUGGCCACUGUGUUUGCUGAUCGAUUUACUAUCAUUUAUCUCUGAUUAAUCAUGAGAUAAGGUCUGUUGCGCCUUGCCUGUAUAGAGGCUUAUUAUCAAGAGAAAUAAAAUAAAGGUUGCGUAUGAAAAAUGUUCAGCAAUAAAACAUUGGUUGCUUUACAAGG